CAGAGUGUCUCAAAUAUUAUGCGUUAAAAGAAGGUUUAAGGGGGAGAGUUAUAGGUCCACCAACUGGUGGUUAGGGUUUGAACCCUCUUAAGCAAACAACCACCACCACCACCAGACAAUAUUCGUUGAACCCUUUCUUUUAUUUUUAUUUGUGUUAUUAUUAUUAAUUGAAAAAUAAUGUAUAGUAAUAGUAGUAGAAGAAGAAGAACAUUCUAGCGCGUUUAAGGCGUGUCUUUGAGUUUCUCACACGUGUAAAACUUACAAGCAUUGCAGAAGAAGAAAUAUUCUUGCUAAACAAUUUAUUUCUUUUAAUUUUUAUUUAUUUAUUUUUUUUAUGUAAUUAAACAAACUGGAGUAUUUUAAAUAUUAUAUUGUGGUUGGUACUGCUGUAGCUAUUAAAAUUGUCAAAAUUAUUGAUAAUUAUAUAUUAUUAUUAUUAUUGUUUGAGUUGGUGCCGUUGUUCCAAUGAUAAGGAGGUUGAUUUUUGUUUGGGACUGUAUCUGUAUACAUCUUUUGGUCUUUGCGAUUAUUAGUUUUCUUUUCUUUUUUCUCUGUCUCCCUUUUAGGUAAGGGAUAAGGGAGUUUGUAUUGGCCGACUUUUGGAAUCAUAAUACUUUUUCUUUGGGGCACAAGGUUUGAUCUUUUCUUCUUCCCACUAUAAUUAAAGACGCACACCAUGAUCAUUUGAUUAAUAUUGUUCUUGGAGUUUGCAGAUAUGGAUGCCAAUUAAUAAUCGUGAAGAGCACUACGACUACAUCAAACUAAAUUUCGGAGGAGUUUCUUCAUUAAUUGAUACAUACAGAUAUCAAUAUUAGAAUCCAAUUAUGGCUACUUAUGUCCCCAAUCAAAGCUUGAAUAAAAAAUGUGACUUGGCGAGUAGUACUACCACAGCAGCUUAUCAUGAGAAUGAUCACGAAGCAUUUGUUACAUCUUUGAACCAAAGUACUUCACCUACUGAACCAUUCUCGAUGAGUUUUCAUGGCUCUUCAAAUUACUGCGUUGACUCAUCUCAAGGGAGAAACGAAAUGAUGUUUAUUCCAACUAUAGCCACCGACUCAGUACUGAAUGGUGAUUCUUUGGCUGAUCAUCAGAAUAAUAAUCUUCAUUACCAAGGUCAGGGCUUAUCUCUCAGCUUAGGGAAACAGAUUCAUGAGUCUCCAGUUUCUUUGACUUCUUUUCUUCAUGAUAACCAGUACCAUUAUUCAUCAAAUCCCAGUCUUUCUUCUGAUCAUAUGGGUACUUGUCUAACAAGUAAUAAUAUGGGAAUGGGAUUGGGAACCAACCAACAAAACGUUGAGAGCUUCAAUAUUAUGGCAUCUGGGUUUUUGGGAAUCAACAACAAUAAUUCAAUCAAAACGGAGUGUUUUGGGAAUCAAAUAAUGCAUCAGAGUGAAAGAUAUCAUGAUCAAUAUGAUCAACCAUCAUAUGGUUUCAAUAAUAAUAAUAACAAUAAUGGGUUGAACUUCAAGUACCUCAAGGCUGUACAGGAAUUGCUUGAUGAAGUGGUGAAUGUUCGAAAGGCUUUGAACAAAAACCAGAAUAACCAUAAGUUUCAGGGGAUUGGAUCCGAUCAUGGUCUUAAAGAAAGCGAUUUGAAAUCCAACACUCAAUCCGCAGAUCCCAGUGAAUCAACCGCUAACUCCUCUUGUGAGCUAUCUCAAACGGAACAACAAGACUUGCAGAGCAAGAAGAGCAAACUCAUGUCCAUGUUGGACGAUAUAGACAGAAAAUACAAGCAAUAUUAUAACCAAAUGCAAACCGUGGUGUCGUUUUUGGACAAUGUGGCCGGGCGUGGGGCAGCGGAACCAUACACUUCACUAGCCCAGAAAACAAUCUCACGCCAUUUCCGGUGCUUGCGAGAUGGGAUAAGUGGCCAAAUCCAAGCCAUCCAAAGAAGGCUCGGGGAACAAGACAAUUGUCAAAACACAGCUAUACCUCGUCUCCGCUAUGUUGACUUAAAGCUCAGACAACAGAGGGGGUUUAAUCAGCUUGCCGCCAUGCGACAUGCUUGGAGACCCCAGAGAGGUCUUCCAGAAACCUCUGUUUCCAUCCUCCGUGCCUGGCUUUUCGAGCAUUUCCUUCAUCCUUAUCCCAAAGAAUCAGAGAAAGUUGUCCUAGCAAAGCAAACAGGGUUGACCACAAAGCAAGUGGCGAACUGGUUUAUCAAUGCGAGAGUACGGCUUUGGAAGCCCAUGGUUGAAGAAAUGUACAAGGAAGAGUUCAACGAUUUGGAGAUGAACUCCAAAGAAGGAGGAGAAGGAGGAGGAGGAGGAGGAGGAAGAGUUGAUUCUUCGUGUGAGGAGGAUAAGAUCAGGGGAGAGUACUUGAAUCCUCUUGAAACUCAUCAGAAUCGUCGUUUGCGUCACGAAACUAACGUCACGGACUCUGAAACGACAAAGUCACCAGUCGAUAAUAACGCUGGCUUUUAUCUGGAGGAGGACGAAGCUGUCCGUACAAGUACUACUGUUAAUACCACCACCAACCAGAACCACCAGAACCAGGCGUCGUAUGAUGAUAUAUCAGAGUUGAGCAGCAUCGUAGUUCGCAACGAUCGCCACGUGUCGCUGGCUUUGGAGUUGCGCCACUGUGAAAGUGAAGGAUUUUCCACGUUGGGCGGGUCCCAUAAUAUGAGGGGUGAUGACGAGUCAGCUUCGCAAGCUUCUCUGGAUUAUCAUUGCCUGGAAACAGAGCAGCAGGAACGACGCAGGUUCAGCAGCAACCCUCACCUGUUGCAUGAUUUUGUAGUGUGUCAUCUAAAAAAUUAAAUAAUCAUAAUUUAGCCUCUAACGUUCAGAUUGUGGAAAGUUGGAAACCCAAAAAAAAAAAAAAUUAUAUAUAAGAAUAUGAAAAAAAAAAUAAUAAUAAUAAUCAUGUGCUGUUACUUUCGGUCUUUGUCUUUUUUUUUUCCUUUUUUUUUUAACCCUGUGUUUCAUUGGUUAGAGAGCUGGAAAAACAAAAUAUGUUGGGCAAUACAGAUAGGAGAUAUCAUGUAGAUACAUACAAAUUUAAUGUAGAGUGAUUUUGUAAUGGUACCAUGAAUAAUAAACAAAUGUAUCUGUUCAUUGAAAUAGUAAUUUUGUAUAGCAAUACUCUGUA